AUGGCCUUGCGAGCCGGUCGUCCUCAUCUUUCCCCUCUCCUCUCUCUCCUGCUGUGGCGCUCAUGGUGCUCGUGCCGUGUGUCGGUGGGUCUCGGCGGUGUUACGGAUCCAGCCAACCGACGCCGCAGAGCUGGACUACUCUGCUUCGGCGCAAGGACGCCUCCAUCCGUUUUGGGGCAAAGACGCCACAGGUCAAGCUCCACCACCUCCCGCCGGAGCUGGACGAAGGCCGACGAGGAUGAGGAAGGCUUCGUGGUGGUGGUGGUGGUGGCGUCUCGACGAACUCCGACCAAAUGCGGUCGGCGCCAGCAGCGUCGGAGGCGGAGGAUUUGGGGGAUUGGGGUCCUGCUCGAGGUGGAGCUCGUCGGUGGGAGGUCAAGCGGCGUCAGGACGGGAACAGCGGGACGGGAGGUGGAGCUCGUCGGCGGGAGGUCAGGCGGCGUCAGGGCCGAAAUGGCGGGGCGGGAGGUGGAGCACGUCGGCGGGAGGUCAGGCGGCAUCAGGGCCGGAACGGUGGGGCAGGAGGUGGAGCUCGUCGGCGGGAGGUUAGGCGACGUCGGGGCGGGAGGUGACGAACUGCUGGUGCUCGGCGCGGGAGGUGAGCUGAGCAAGACGAACGCUAAGCCAAGCCUGGCUCCAGGCGUUUCCAGGAAGCCACCCUGGCCGUACAGAUUGGGCUUGUGGAAGCCUGGCUAG